GAUUUUUCUUUGGACUACUUAACUACACACUUUUAUAUUUUUAGCCAUAGACUGUCUAGACCAACUGAAGUUUAUUGGAUUAAGAACCACCAAGGCUGUGGGGCUUCACAAGAAACAAGAUGAAAUUGUAUUUUGUGCUAGCCGUUGUUGCAUUCACAGGUUGCCAAGCCAACCUUUUUUAUGCUGACGAGCCCAAGCCACAGCUGGAGCAGCUGACUGAUGCUUUCUGGAGUUAUGUUUCAAAGGCAACACGCACCGCCGAGGACACUCUAAAACUGAUCCGAGAGUCUCAGCUGGGUCAGGAAGUCAAUGCUAGAUUGACACAGAGUGCUGAUAUGGCCAGUGAAUAUGCCGUCACCCUCAAGAAACAUGUGGAUCCUCUGACUGAAGAGCUGAUGACCAAAAUCACCAAGGAGGCUGAAGUGUUGAAAGAGCGUCUGGGGCAGGACCUGUUGUCAGUGAGAGACAAACUGGAGCCCUAUGCCGACAACAUCAAGAGCCAAAUUCAGCAGAGAGUUGAGGACCUCAGGACCGCCAUGGCUCCAUAUGCAGAUUCCCUGGAUUCUGAGACCCUGAAGGCCACUCUGCUCCAGAAAAGUGAGGAGCUGAGAGGGAGCGUGGAGGAGAGCGUGAAGGAGCUGCAGGCUCAGCUGGAGCCCUACACCGCUGAUAUCAAGGAGAAAGUGGACCAACAUCUGCAGGAGUUUCAGAAGACCGUGAACCCAAUGGCUGAGGAUCUCCAGGCCAGAAUUGCUGAAAGAGCCAAAAUGGUUCAGCAGAGUUUAGCACCUUAUGCUGAAGACCUGAAGGAAAAGCUGGACCCCUAUGCUCAGGAUUUGAAGGCCCAGCUUACCUCCCUUUAUGAGUCCUUUGUCAACUAAUGCUUUAAAGACUUCUUAUAUUACUAAUGGGAUUGUUUAUUCUUGACCCCAAAACCUCAUACAUUUAAUACCAUGCCCUAAAUCAACCAACUAGGCAACAGCGUUAUCUUUUUGGUCUUUCAUUUGUCCAUUUAUAAACCAUCAGGAAAAAGAGUUAGAAUUAAAAUCUUGACAUUUACACCUUAGAUAUUUGUUCUCUUUUUAUUGUGAUAGUUGUGUGUAUUUAUUUAUAAUGAGUAACUCUAUUACUUGUCACUUAAAAUUGUGUUUAUGAAUUGUUUGAAUGCAAAGUUUAUCAUUUUUUUAUAUAUGCAACAAUAAAAGAGCUGACAUUUA